ACCGUCAACGAUGCUAAGCACGCACGUCUUCUUUGCUAUACAGGUUAGUCCUGCGUAUCCUGCUUGGAAUUAUCGUAGCAAUGAUCCAUUUCUUGUGCUGCUGCCUUGCCCGCAGAGAUGUAAACAGUUGUUAAUAGAUUGUGUUCAUGCUGUUGUAAACCUAUUAGAACUUUGUGGUGAUGUGGAAACAAACCCUGGCCCAUCUGAUACAAACCCUGCUUCAUCAGACACACAGCUAAUUUUACAGCUUAUUACAGGUCAGAAAGAAAUUGCGAAAGGAAUACAGGAGGUUAAGGUUGCUCAGACAAGCAUGGAACAAAAAAUGUCAUCUUUCGAAAAGCGUCUAGAAACAUUUGAAACAACUCUGGGAACAUUGAAAGAGUUAAAAGAGAAGAUGGUUAGGUGCGAGACACAAACUUCUCAUUUGGAAAGGCAUGUUAUUUUUCUGCAAGGUAAAAUAGACGACCUAGAGAACCGAGGCCGUAGAAACAACCUCAUCAUUCAUGGCAUGGAAGAACUGCCAGAUGAAUCUACAGAUAGCUUGCAUGACCAACUGAUUAAUGGUGUGUUUCGAGAUAGGCUUGGAAUUUCGAUAACAGGGGUUGAACGAUGCCACAGAUUGGGAAGGAAGGUAGCAGAUAAGGCCCGGCCUGUCAUCUUGAAACUGAUCGAUUUCCGAGAAAAGUUAUCUGUAUUAAAAAACUGCCGUAAACUGAAGGGUUCAAAGAUAUUUGUGACCGAGGACUUUUCGCUUAGGGUUCGUGAAAUUCGUAGGCAUCUUUGGGGGAGUACUGCUGUAAACAGAGCAAAUAAAGAAAAAGUUAAACUGAUCUACGAUAAGGCAGUCGUAAACGGAAAGGUGUAUACAUGGGAUCAGUCAACUAAAAGAGUGCUAGAACAACAAAACGAAAUCAGAGAUUGACGUCGUGGCCCUACGCCGGAGGUUCUCGGAAUUAUAAAUGUCAACUGUCGGAGUGUUGUAAAUAAGGUGUUAGAGCUUGAGCAUUUAAUUUCCUUAUAUUGUCCAAAAAUUGUAGUUUUAACUGAAACAUGGCUGAAUGAAAAUAUUUUUGACAGUGAAUUUCUUCCGCCGAAUUAUAAUGUUUUUCGCAAAGAUAGAGACGGGAGAGGAGGGGGGGUUGCAGUCCUUUAUGACAAAUCUGUUAAGCUUUUGAGAAUGGAGGAUAUUCUUGAUGUGGAAGGAAUCUUUUGUAAAGCACAUUUUCAUAACAAUUCAUAUAUGUUCGGGGCGGUAUACAGACCUCCAAAUGCACCUCUCUCUGUCUUACAGAA